UCAGCUGCGGUGGCCAAGGAGAGCAAACACGUUUGGUUUGGUGCAAUUCAGCGACCAAUUUGCUUCAAAAACUCGAUGAUAACCAAUGCGAUUCUGGUUUGAGACCUGACUCGAAAAGAAUUUGUUCGAGAAUGAAUGAGUGUACUACAAAGAAUAUUUCACUUUCCUCAACUGGAAUUGCUUCAAAAAAUUCUGAAAAUCCUCCAACAUACACAAAAAAUAAAGACUAUCCUGUCAAAGUUAAUUCAGUUGCUUCAUCACCUGUUUCUGUUCCUUUAAUUGUUCAACUACCUCAUUGGGAGAGCGGCCCUUGGAGUGCGUGCCCUAAUAAUUGUGGUUCAACAAAACGUACGAGAAUAGUCAGGUGUAUAGACCCAUUAACUAAAGUAGAAAUUGAUCACUCACGUUGUUUGGUCAGUGAACGACCAGAAACGGAACAUCCUUGCCGACAUUCACAUUGUCCCAAAUGGCAUAAAGGCGAAUGGGGAACGUGUUCUACCUCGUGUGGUCCUGGAUUUGCUAAACGUGAAGUUGUAUGUAGAAAAGGUGUUAGAAAUGAACACCUUUUAAACGACAAUGAUUGUAUCACAACAGAACCCAAGCCUCCAGAAAUAAGAAAAUGUAAUUUGAAAAAAUGUACACAAUAUUCUUGGCGUAUAGGAGCUUGGUCAAAAUGUCUUGAUCUUUGUAAACCUGGUGAACAGAGACGACGUAUUUAUUGUGUGAAUGAUAUUGGCAAAAAAGCUUCUCCAGAAAUGUGCGAGAACGGUGCUAACACUGUAAAGCCAAUAGAAACAAGAAAAUGCCAAACAGAUAAAUGCCCUUACUACUGGGUAGCUGGCCCUUGGAGUUCAUGUUCACGCUCUUGUGACAUUGGGCAACAAUUUCGCCAAAUCGAGUGUAGAUUACGUAAAGAUAUUAUUUCAAUUUCUAACACAAAUGAGGACUAUACUGACACUGCAAAAGAGAUAUCUGAGCCAAUUGUACUUUCUAGUAUGUGUAUGGCACUUGAAAAUAAGCCGAUUGUUACACAGCAUUGCGAAAUAAAUUCUUGCAAUGCUCGAUUUCAUUGGAAUGCCGGCCCUUGGUCGAAGUGUUCAAAAAGUUGUGGUCCAGGCUUUAAACGCCGCAAAGUUCGAUGUCUGGAUAAAAAAGGUGGUAGAACAACAAAUUCCCCAGACGGAGGUGGGUGUGAUCUAACAACUCGUCCUAAGCGUAGAGAGCCCUGUUUUAUUCGAAAUUGUAUGCCUAAUGACUGUGCCGAAUUAAAAGCCCAUCACCAGGCUAAACAAAUAAAUAUUGACGGAAAUGAGAAACAAUUAAAUGAUGGAAAUUAUACUGUUAUGCUUAAUGGCUAUAAAAUUAUCGUUUAUUGCCAUCAAAUGAACGAAACAAUUCCAAAAACUUAUUUAAAUCUACGUCCCGAAAGUAAUUUUGCUGAAUUUUAUGGGAAAAGGUGA